AUGAGCGCCCCUCCCUUUGGCUGCAACUUGAUUAGAAGUCCUAAUGCGGGCGGUCGGACUCUCUUAGAAAACUGGGUCGAGGAUAGAUUGAAUAGAUCAUCUGACGGUGAGGUUUCGACCAGCGUAGAGCUUAAAAAUGGCCACAAAAAUCUGAUUACUGGAGAAAAGGCUGAUCACCAGUUCUUGACAACUACCGCCGAUUACUACAAGCAGCCCGAUAGCCGCCCCAAAGAGGCUCAGGCCGGCGUUUUGACCCGUAAGAGAUAUCAAGAUGCCCUGCAAGAAGUUCUUGACGAGGAGAGAGCAGAGGAAAUGCGUAAACAAGAGGAGGAAAGGCAACGCCUUGAAGCGCGACGCGCGAAUCCUCGCAUCCCUACUCAGCCGGGACCACCUCAGUUCGACUCCUCUUGCCUCAACGAAAAGCCCAUCACUGUUUGGAGCCAGCUUCAUGAAGCUUACAAAACCGCUACGAAAGGACAGAUCGUCGGUGGAACAGCUGGCGAAGAAUUCAAGAGAAGCGCAAAGUUUUCUACUCCCUUGGUUCACCAACUCGACAAGCAGGACGAUAUCCCUUACCAGCUCUAA